CAGUUCGAAUUUUGAAAUUUCUUAAUUAAAAGGUUCUAACAGAAAUUUAGAAGUAAAGUUCAAAAAUUCCACAACAGCCCCAAAAGCAAAAUACUCGGGGUCUUAAAGUUGCCCUUUAUUAAGCGUUUCAUUUGCCAGUCUUGUUAAUACGUUGUUGUUGCUGAACAAAGGUUUCAGAUUGUUCCAGAAACCCCAACACAAAAACCCUUCCUCCUUUCUCUCUGCCGUCUCUUCUUCUUCCUCGAUCGAUUUGACGGAUAUUCUUCUCGUGUGGGAGAUUAUCCAAAGAUGAGCGUGGUUGGUUUUGAUUUUGGUAAUGAGAGCUGCAUUGUCGCCGUUGCAAGGCAGAGGGGGAUUGAUGUUGUGCUCAAUGAUGAGUCCAAGCGUGAAACUCCUGCAGUUGUAUGCUUUGGUGACAAACAACGGUUCAUUGGGACAGCUGGGGCCGCAUCUACGAUGAUGAACCCGAAGAAUUCAAUCUCACAGAUAAAGAGGUUAAUCGGCAGACAAUUUUCGGAUCCUGAACUGCAACGAGAUCUGAAGUCAUUGCCCUUCACAGUUACUGAAGGGCCUGAUGGGUUUCCAUUAAUCCAUGCACGAUACUUGGGUGAAUCUAAGGCAUUUACGCCUACCCAAGUCAUGGCAAUGGUGUUGUCAAAUCUUAAAGAGAUUGCCGAGAAAAACCUAAAUGCAGCUGUAGUUGAUUGUUGCAUUGGUAUUCCAGUUUAUUUUACUGAUCUUCAAAGGAGGGCAGUCAUGGAUGCUGCUACUAUUGCUGGUUUGCAUCCACUUCGUCUGAUUCAUGAAACAACAGCAACUGCUUUGGCCUAUGGAAUUUACAAAACAGAUCUUCCUGAAAAUGAUACACUGAAUGUUGCAUUUGUUGAUGUUGGGCAUGCUAGCAUGCAAGUCUGCAUUGCUGGUUUUAAAAAAGGGCAGCUGAAAGUGUUGGCUCAUUCAUAUGACAGGUCUUUAGGGGGUAGGGAUUUCGACGAAGUUUUGUUCCAUCACUUUGCUGCCAAAUUUAAAGAGGAAUAUAAAAUUGAUGUUUUACAGAAUGCAAGAGCUUCAUUAAGGCUGAGGGCUGCAUGUGAGAAGCUCAAGAAGGUACUUAGUGCAAAUCCAGAAGCACCUCUGAAUAUCGAGUGCUUAAUGGAUGAGAAGGAUGUCAGGGGCUUUAUCAAACGUGAGGAGUUUGAGCAACUAAGUAUUCCAAUUUUGGAACGUGUGAAGAGACCUUUGGAGAAGGCACUUGCAGAAGCAGGACUUACAGUUGAGAAUAUACACAUGGUCGAGAUAGUCGGUUCAGGUUCUAGAGUACCAGCCAUAAAUAAAAUCUUAACAGACUUUUUCAAAAAGGAUCCUAGAAGGACAAUGAAUGCUAGUGAAUGUGUAGCCAGGGGAUGUGCAUUGCAGUGUGCAAUUCUUAGUCCAACAUUUAAAGUAAGAGAGUUCCAGGUCAAUGAAAGCUUUCCUUUCUCAAUCUCUCUUUCGUGGAAAGGUUCUGGUCCAGAUGCACAAGAUAGUGGACCAGAUAGUAAGCAAAGCACCAUUGUUUUCCCCAAGGGAAAUCCUAUACCAAGUAUCAAGGCUUUGACAUUUUAUAGGCCAGGGACCUUUACUGUUGAAGUACAAUAUGACGAUGUCAGUGAGUUGCAAAUACCUGCUAAGAUCAGCACAUAUACUAUUGGCCCAUUUCAAUCUACCAAAGUUGAAAAGGCUAAAAUUAAAGUUAGAGUGCGACUGAAUCUACAUGGAAUUGUAUCUGUUGAGUCUGCAACUCUCAUUGAGGAGGAAGAGAUUGAGAUUCCAGUUUCCAAAGAAUCAGCUGGAGAAGAUACCAAGAUGGAAACUGAUGAAGCUGCUGCUGCUGAGGCUCCUGCACCUCCUAGCUCAACUGAUAAUGAUGUUAAUAUGCAAGAUGCCAAGGCAACAACAGAUGCCAAUGCAACCGCAGGUGCUGAUGCCGCAGGUGAAAAUGGUGUUCCGGAGGCAGGAGACAAGCCUGUUCAGAUGGAGACUGAUAACAAGGUUGAGGCUCCAAAGAAGAAAGUAAAGAAAACUACCAUUCCUGUGGCAGAGGUGGUUUAUGGAGCACUGGCACCUGUGGAUGUCCAGAAGGCUGUAGAGAAGGAGUUUGAAAUGGCUUUGCAAGAUCGAGUGAUGGAGGAAACAAAGGACAAGAAAAAUGCUGUGGAGGCUUAUGUUUAUGACAUGAGAAACAAGCUUAAUGACAAAUACCAAGAGUUUGUCACCGAAUCGGAGAAGGAAGCUUUUACUGCUAAACUUCAGGAGGUGGAAGACUGGUUAUAUGAUGAUGGUGAAGAUGAAACCAAAGGUGUAUACAUUGCCAAACUCGAUGAACUUAAGAAGCAAGGAGAUCCGGUUGAAGAACGAUACAGAGAAUACACGGAGAGGGGUGCAGUAAUUGAUCAACUCAUCUACUGUAUAAAUAGUUACAGAGAAGCUGCAAUGUCAAGUGAUCCCAAGUUUGAUCACAUCGAACUUGAGGAGAAACAGAAGGUCCUAAAUGAAUGUGUAGAGGCUGAGAACUGGCUUCGGGAGAAGCAGCAGCAGCAGGACAUUCUUCCAAAAUAUGCAACCCCUGUGCUGCUGUCAGCUGAAAUAAGAAAGAAAGCCGAGGCCGUUGAUAGGUUCUGUAAGCCAAUAAUGACUAAACCCAGACCGGCAAAGCCAGCAACACCAGAAGCACCAGCAACUCCCCCACCUCAGGGUGGCGAACAGCAGCAACCACCGGAGAAUGCCAAUGCCAGUGCCGGUGCCAGUCCUAAUCAGAAUGCAGGGGACAGUGGGAACAAUCAGGCCCCGCCGGAGGCCGGAGAACCAAUGGAGACUGAUAAAUCGGAGAACACAAGCUCUGCGUAAUUUUGGUUGUCAAUUUUUGCUGAAAUUCGGGAGGAUUUCCAAUAGUCUCUCUUCCUUUGUACAAGAAUAUGGAUGAAUUGUGCCAUGGAAAAUAGGUUGCGGUGGAGUUCCACAGUGACUAGAUGCUAUGCAAGUUUUUACCUAAUGCUAUUAUGGUCUUUUGA